CGUCAUUCUGUAUGAGUUAUUGUUCUCUUCAGUCGAAAUGAAGGACCGCCUGGCAGAUUUGACAACCUCCCGCAGUGGCCAUACAGCUCCAGUGGAGACCAAUGCUCUCCUAGAGGAAUUCCUUCGUAAGGUAGACGAUGUUCAGAAACUUAUGAAUAGGAUAUCCCACUCUGUGGAAGAGGUGAGGUCAAGGCAUCACACCAUUUUGACAGAAAUCAACCCACCAACGUAUGUGAGAGAGGAACUCGAGCAGUUGAACAAUGAUAUCAAGACGACAGCUGAUGACAUGCAGGCAAAACUGAAAGAUUUGGACGGGAGUUUUGCAGAGUGUGAGAAUGCAAAUAGCGGCUCUAUCUACUUCCGCAUCCAGACUACCCAGCACACAGCUCUUUCGCUGAGGUUUUCAGAAAUAAUGAUGGCAUACAACCAAGAACUUUUAUCUUUCCGAAAAAACAGCAAAGAAAGGAUCCAAAGACAGCUGGAGAUCAGAGGGAAAGCCAUCACUGAAGAAGAGACGGAGGUUUUGCUGCAGAAUAACAACACUUCUGUCUUUACUUUAGAUAGUGUCCCAGGCUCCAACAUCACAGGACAAACGCUGAAUGAGAUCGAGUCACGACAUAAGGACAUUCUCUGUCUGGAAGCCAGCAUUCGAGAGCUGAAUAACAUGUUUAUUGAUAUUGCCAUGCUAGUGAGCAGACAGGGUGAAAUGGCAAACAACAUUGAGAAGACUGUAAUGAAAGCUGGGAACUAUGUGGAACACGGGAAAGAAAAUGUUAAAGAAGCUGGGCUUUACAAAAACUCUUGGCGGAUAAGACUGCCCCUUUUACGCAGGUCAUUCAAAAGCAAAGCUAAAGCAGUGACCACUGAUGGCUCCUGAGCACUUUAUCCAGUGUCAUUAAAGGUUUCAGACCAUGUGCUACUUUUGGCUGGACCUGAUUUUGCCAAGUGGUUGAUGUCCUCAGGACAACAUAUUUUGUCGACCUAAGGACAACAUUUUUAUAAAUAAAUAAACCCUAAACCCACACCAAACUCCAACCCUAACCAUAAAUUACGCCUAAUAUCAGAGGGAAAUAAUAAGUGAAAAACAAUGGUCCAGAAGCAUGUAAUCCUGGUUGGAGGAUUAAAUCAAAUAAACUGUAAACUUAUUUCUGAAAUCUGAUUGGUUGAUUUAAAUGUUGUCCCAGGGUCAACAUGAUGUUGUCCUAAGAAAAUCAACCACUUGGCAAAAACUGGAGAGCCUACUUUUGAUAGUGAUAUUUGUUCUGUCCAAAUAACAAAUUCUUUUUGAUUUCUCUCUGAAAAGCAGCACUACUUUCCCUUUCAUAUAGCUUUAUUCCCGCCAGGAUAAUUUUUUAUCUAUUUAUCGAACUUUAACCUUUGUCUGCUUGCAAAUAUUCUUGGUGGCUUCCCCUCAAUGUAGUUAAUGAUUACUCAUGCUCUCAAGUAAUCCAUCCAUCCAUUUUCUACCGCUUUAUCCAAACUACCUCGGGUCACGGGGAGCCUGUGCCUAUCUCAGGAGUCAUCGGGCAUCAAGGCAGGAUACACCCUGGAUGGAGUGCCAACCCAUCGCAGGGCGCUCUCAAGUAAUAGAUUCUUAAAAAAUUGACAGCACUGACUUCUGUGUAAAAGCCAAAAAUGUUGUUUCUUGUGUUUGCUUAUUUUUUUUCCCCAAUAAUGUCAUGCAGCUGUUUAUAAACUGGUGUCCACUGGUUUCAUGGUACUCUUAAAUACUCAGUAUGAGUUGAUUUUUAUUUAUUUAUACUUUCUGAAGGCCUUGACCACAUGUAUAAGAUUUUAUUGUUUGUUAAUGGUGUAAUAAAAUUACAUUUGUGUUCAAA